AAAUCCAAACAGAUUAAGGAAAUUACGAAACCCUUUUAAGGACAAGUCUUCUUCUUUAAAAAUUCGAUUUCUCUCUCUGUCUCAUCCGAAUAUUCCCAGAAAAGAUUUCUUCACGGAGUAGAAGAAGAAGAAGAAGAAGAAGAAGAUGAGGAGAGUUUUCGGCGCGAAAAAGAACACAGAGCCUCCUCCGUCUAUUCAGGAUGCCUCUGAUCGGGUUUCCUCCUCCUCUCGUUUCUUAUUUCAAUUGGGAAAUUUCCUCUUCGAAAUCGUUUCUAUAAAUAAAAGAGGAGAUUCGGUAGAAGAUAAGAUUAAGAAGCUUGAUGUUGAGCUCUGCAAAUACAGAGAACAGAUUAAAAAGACUAGACCUGGUCCUGCUCAAGAAGCUGUCAAAGCUCGUGCUAUGAGGGUUCUCAAGCAGAAGAAAAUGUAUGAAGGACAACGCGACAUGCUCUAUAAUCAAACGUUCAAUCUAGAUCAAGUUUCAUUCGCUGCUGAGGGACUCAAAGAUGCUCAGCAAACUAUGACAGCACUAAAAUCUGCAAACAAGGAGUUGAAAGGAAUGAUGAAAACAGUAAAGAUUCAAGAUAUUGAUAAUCUGCAAGACGAGAUGAUGGAUCUGAUGGAUGUGAGCUCUGAAAUUCAAGAAACACUUGGUAGGAGCUACAAUAUUCCUGAUGGCCUUGACGAAGAUGACCUCAUGGGAGAGCUUGAUGCUCUUGAAGCUGACAUGGGAAACGAGACUGAAGCAGAUGGAAUGCCUUCUUAUCUCCAACCCGAUACAGAAACUGAUUACGAUAGCGAGCUUAACUUGCCUGCUGCACCAACAGGACACAAUGGAGCUCCACAUGGAAGAGUUCAGGCCGAGGAUGAAUUUGGAUUACCAGCUGUGCCACGAGCUUCUCUCCGGGGAUAA